AUGUCAGGGAGGAUCCUCUCGCAGUCCCUGCGCGCGUCUAGACGCGCCGCACCUUGUCGCUCGGUGUUGCUUCAAUACUUCAGUGUGCGCCUGGUUUCCACUGUUCCUUCCGAGUCUGCCGUGUCAAGCCCCGAAUCGUCAUCGUCUACCUCACCUCCCCUUGCACCGGAAAAGGAGCCUACACCAGUGCUCAGGAGAACUGGGAACGGUGCCGAACGGGCUGAACGAAUCAACCCCCGACACAACCUCCGUACAGCACACAUACGCACAUGGAAACCUGUGAAGAAUAUUGCGGAUGCCUACGCGCUCAUACAGGCUGUCGAGCGGAAGUAUGGGAGGAUUCUAGAGGUUCAUUUUCUAAAAGACUUUGAGAUGGUGGAACAGUACCAGCUCUUUGCAUGGGUGGUUUUCAUGGACCCUGACUCGUUGAAGCGCGUACCAGAGGAAGGAGUAGAAUUCUUUGUGCGCACUUCGGGCGUCUCGAAGUCGACGUAUGAGAUUGGGCUGGAGGACAUAACACCGCUAACGCUGACGGAGGAGUACGGCAAGAACUACGAAUUCCCUACCCUCCCGGAAGACCCGGCGGAGGCGAAGAACUACAUCGGGGCACGGAUAAAUCGCGAUGAGAAGGACUACAUGGACCUCAGUGGGCAAUCCCACAUAUAUCAAAACACGUCACGACGGACAAUGGAAGCCUUCCUACGCUGGGGAGGUUUCGCUCCACUCGAGCCCAUCGACCCGAAACGACGAAUAACGUUGUCAGAGAUCGUUGGGCAGACCGACCUCGAUCAGGUGCAUAUGCGAAGUGCGCUGCAGGUCUCGGCAGACUAUACUGGACUUCCUAAUCCUGGUGUCAUUAACAUCAAAGCUGCGCCAUCCGCACCGACGAGAACCUCAGCAGCCCCGACUUCCGGUCUGUCAGGUUCGGCAGUGUUCGCUGGGCUCCUGGAAAAGACAGGAGCUCCUUCCAAGAAAGACUGGAUACAAUCAGCUCCAAAAGGGCCUUUUCCCUCUUUUGUCCCUGCACCUUCGACCCCGGGGCGUUCAGACCCUUCGGAACCUCCAACUGUCAAAACAGCACCAAAAUCCUCCGCUCCUCCGUCUCCUCCAACACCCACCCCAGUCAAGACAGCUGCCCCGAAGAAGCCAGUUCCACUGACGCCCGAGGAAAUGUCCGCCAGAGAGGCGCUAAGGGAGCAGCUUAACGCCGCGAAGCUCUUGCAAAUGUCGACGUCGCCAGUGCGCAGGAAGCAACCGAAGCCUCAGAUCAAACAACCCAAGAGGUCAGAGCUCGCAAGCAAAGCUGAGACAGAGGAACUACCCCCACCAGAAGAGGAGACAGGUAUUUUGGGCAAGAUUUGGAGGUUGUUCCGUCGGUAG